GAAGGGUAUUUCGACUUUGAUGGCCUUUGUCAGUUUAUGGAGCAAAGAAAUUUACCUAAAGUUUUGUGGAUUAGUGAGGACGCAACUAGAGUAACCAGUAAAAUUGAGUAUGAUCCGAGGACUAAUAAGUUAGUUGGAUUCACGAUGCCAUUAGUCGAUGGAAUACCGGCAAGAGACACGUUUUUAGCAACAUCUGCAAAAGCAAUUCAGGACCACUUUGAAAACGCUAUAAGAUCAAAUUAUGCCUAUGUAAUUAUGGCCCAGCCUAUAUCACAAAAUGCGCCAGGUUAUUGUCUUGCAAUCUUCGGCACAGAUAACAGAUUCACAGCCGCCGAUGUUACGAAAAGGUGGCAACAUAUCAAAUUAAAUUUGAAGGAGCGAGGUGCUACUGUAUUGGGUUUUGGAUCUGAUGGAGAUACACGUCUUCUGAAGGCAAUGAGGCAAGGCGCUCAAUUGUCUUCUACUAAAGAUUCAUCACGACCAGAAUGGAGAUGGUUUAAAGCAAAUUACUCUACAGAAGACUGCGCUUCUUAUGUUCAAGAUACGGUACAUAUAGCCACCAAGUUACGUACUAGAUUGCUUAAUGAAAAAAUCAAGUUAAGGUUUGGUGAUUUUUAUGCAACUGCUAAACAACUGGAACAACUGAUCGCAGAGCACUCCAAGGACAAACACUUGUUAACAAAAUCUGAUUUAAAAUUAGAAGACAAGAUGAAUUUUAAAGCCGCAGAGAAAUUAUGUUCAAAUCACGUUAUUGAUUUGAUAGAGAGGGAUCCACAGAAUAAAGGCAUCGUUGCUUAUUUAAAAUUGAUGCGUUUAGUUAUUGAUUCGUUUUUAGAUCCCAAAAUAGAUGUAACGCAUCGAAUUUAUUCAAUGUGGUAUUGCGUUUUCUUUCUUAGAAUUUGGCGUCAGUGGCUUACAAUAAACAAAUACAAAAUCGGAGAGCAUUUCAUUUCAUCAAACUGCUAUACUUGCAUAGAGUUGAAUGCACACUCAUUAAUUAAUAUUGUCGUAAACAUUCGUGAAAAUCCAUCUCUAUCAAGCGACAUGUUUCUACCUGUACUUUUUGGAAGCCAGAAAUGUGAACAGACGUUUAGGACUAUGAGAUCCAUGACCUCCACGUAUUCGACGGUGAUUAACUUUAAUGUUAAAGAUAUUUUGAGGCGUUUAGAGAGAAUUAAGACAGUAAAUAAUAUUAUACACGAUCUGAACAAUGUCAUUUCAUUUCCAAGGGAACAAAAACGGCAAGAGAAAAUGAAUAUUGACACGAAUUCGCUGGUGUUUACAGAUUUAAAACACUAUACGGAUACUAUGAUAGCCGACGCAGUCGAGCGUGCACGACAAGAUGCUCUAGCGCAUACGCGAGAACUUGGCAUGUUUGUAGAAGAAAACACCAUGUAUAAUGCUACAAUUCCACCAUUAAAAGACCUUGUAAAAGAUGAAAGCGAGGAUAAAAGUCUAGAAGAUGAAGAGGAUAUACAGAUCGACGACAACAUGAUCGACAACAGUGAUAGUUCAUACCGAGGUUCACCAAAUGUUUCACCAAAUCAGCUUCAACCGAGGCUUCAACAUUUCACUUCUCUACCAAUUGAAAAUGAAGAAAUUAACGGCGAUGACUUGAACAAUCCAAAUAGUCAUUUGUUCAAGGAUUUGUGCAACAUAUCGAGUGUCGGAGUUAUGGAUAACUUAAUUCUGAGAAGUUAUGAUCAGAAAUUAAUGGAUGACAAAAUUGAAGAUGGUCCAUAUGUCCGAGUCACUGUUGGAAAUAAAUCGAAAAUUAUCAGAAAAUCUUCGCUCUGUUGGUUGCUAGAGGAAACUAAAAAUAGGGUUAGUACAGACAGACUACAACGUUUUGUUGUAAAAAGUACAGAAAGACCUCAAAGGGCACUAGAAGUAGGUCGCAAAAAGUUGAAUUCAUUAAAAUCCAAAGGAACAUACAUAAAGAGAAGCUCGAAGAGAGGUAAGAGAGAGAACUCUGGAGAUAUCUCAGAUAGUUCUGAAGAUGAUACCAUCAUAAAAUAUGACGACAGUCCAAGUACAGAAACGUUCUCUGAAAAUGACUCUGAAGCUGGUAUUGGAAUUAACUUUAAUGAAGGCGAAUAUCAAGACAAUUUUCUUAGAGAAUAAUAAAUAUUAUGCCGUAUAUUAUGACGAAGGAUGGUUUAUUGGAAAACUUCUGAGGCAUAUUGAUGGUACUGCCGAUAAUCCAAUAGUCGAAAUCACAUUUUUAAAACAGAAUAAAAGAAAGAAAUGUGAAUU